CGCGCUGGCUUCUAACGCGCAUGCGCAGUCCUCGCUGCAGUUCACUGCGUUUCCGUAGCCAGCUCGCUACCCGCUGAGCGCUGGCUGGUGAGAGACAGCUCGCCGAAACGAUUGAUCCCGACCGAAUAACGUCAACGCUGGGCUCCUAAAUGGCGGAUUGACACAGCGUCGCGUCUGUAGAGGGGGCAACAAAAUGAAGAAGUUUAACAUAAGGAAGGUGCUGGACGGCUUGACAGCGGCGUCUUCCUCCUCCUCCUCCUCCUCCAACACCGCUCAGCCGGGUACUCCCAGGGAAAACGAGGUGGUCCAGGAGACUCUCCAGUCGGAACAUUUUCAGCUGUGCAAGACUGUGCGUCAUGGCUUCCCAUACCAACCAUGCUCGAUGGCUUUUGACCCCGUGCAGAAAAUCCUGGCCGUCGGGACUCAGACCGGAGCUUUGAGGCUGUUCGGCGGUGCGGGUGUGGAGUGCUACUGUCAGCAUGAGAGCGGUUCUGCUGUCAUCCAGCUCCAGUUCCUCGUCAACGAGGGGGCGCUGGUGAGUGCCUUAGCUGAUGACAGCAUCCAUCUGUGGAACCUGAGGCAAAAGAUCCCGGCAAUCCUGCAUUCUCUCAAGUUUAACCGGGAGAGAAUCACAUACUGCCACCUGCCCUUCCAGAGCAAAUGGCUGUACAUCGGCUCGGAGCGAGGAAACAUCCACAUCGUCAACGUGGAGUCCUUCACCCUCUCAGGCUAUGUUAUUAUGUGGAACAAAGCCAUCGAAUUAUCCUCCAAGACACACCCAGGGCCGGUUGUGCACAUUAGUGACAACCCCAUGGACGAGGGCAAGCUUCUCAUCGGAUUCGAGUGUGGGGUGGUGGUGUUGUGGGAUUUAAAAUCCAAGAAAGCUGACUUCCGCUACAGUUACGAUGAGGCGAUCCACUCGGUUGCUUGGCACCACGAGGGGAAGCAGUUUGUCUGCAGCCACUCUGAUGGCACUCUGACCACGUGGAAUAUACGAGUCCCAGCCAAGCCUGCACAGAUCAUCACGCCACAUGGAAAACAGCCUAAGGAUGGAAAAAAGCCAGAGCCAUGCAAGCCUAUCCUGAAAGUGGAGUACAAAACUACAAGAGCUGGGGAUCCGUUCAUGGUCCUGUCUGGAGGCCUGUCGUACGACACGGUGGGGAGGAGAGCCUGUCUGACCGUGAUGCACGGAAAGAGCACUGCCGUCCUGGAGAUGGACUAUCCCAUUGUAGAUUUCCUAACACUCUGCGAAACUCCAUAUCCAAGUGACUUCCAGGAGCCGUACGCUGUGGUGGUCCUCCUGGAGAAGGAUUUAGUUGUAAUAGAUCUCGGACAGAUUGGGUAUCCAAUAUUUGAGAGCCCCUAUCCUCUUGCUAUCCACGAGUCACCGGUGACGUGUUGCGAGUAUUUUGCUGACUGCCCCUCUGAACUCAUUCCUGCACUUUACUCUGUCGGCAGCCGGCAGAAACGACAAGGCUACAGCAAGAAGGAAUGGCCCAUUAGUGGUGGAAACUGGGGCCAAGGCUCACAGACUUACCCAGAGAUUAUCAUCACAGGACAUGCUGACGGAUCAAUCAAAUUUUGGGAUGCUUCUGGAUUAAUGCUCCAAGUGCUGUACAAGCUGAAGACUGCCAAGGUGUUUGAGAGGGCCCGAGGUAAGGAGGAGAAGCCGAACACCGACAUCGUGGACGAAGACCCGUUCGCCAUCCAGACCUUGUUCUGGUGUCCGGAGAGCAGGAUGCUCUGCGUGGCUGGAGUUUCUGCUCACGUCAUCAUCUACAGGUUCAGCAAACAGGAAGUCACCACCGAAGCUGUUCAGCUGCUUGAGGUACGGAUGCAGUGCGAGUUUAGCGAGGUAGACUCCCCGGAUCUGGGAGGAGAGCAGACCCCCACCCAGCCAGCCUCCGCAGCUCCCUCCAGCCCUCAGGAGACCGAGCCUCCAAAUCAGCUCUCUGCAGGCACCAACUCCUCUGAAGGACCCAGAGACAAUAUACCAUGCCUACAGGUGCGGAGCUCCCCGCUGAAGCAGUCUCCGGGCUACCAGGUGGAGCUGGUGGUCCAGCUGGUGUGGGUGAGUGGGGAGCCGCCUCAGCAGAUCACCAGCCUGGCAGUCAACUCCUCCUCUGGCCUUGUGGUGUUCGGAAACAGUAAUGGUCUGGCUGUAGUGGACUACGAACAGAAGACCCUCCUCCUCAACCUGGCCAUUUCGGAGCUGUACAGCCCAUCGGACCACUAUCAGAAGCAGCCCUGCUCCCCGCGCAAACCACGACAGCCUUCUGGAGACAUUCCAACUGCUACGUCUCACAUGUCCAGACUUUCUAACUUGUAUUCUCAGUCUGUGAAAAAACUGCGCUCCUCUCACUUCAGACUUUGCGAUUCCAAUGACGGGUCUAACAAUGCAGAGGACCGAUGCAAAUCACCCACGUCAGGAUCUACCUCACCAUGCAAUUCAGAUGAUGAGCGAAAACAGAACUUCAUAGAGAAGGUGAAGCUCAAAAGCAGACGCUUUUCCAAGACGGUUGCCAAUGACUUUGCCAAGAUGUCACGGAAAAUUAGCUCGUCUGGUGAGCAAAAGCCAGAGCUGGAGGAGAGGUCCCAGCGGUGGUCCCCUCGGUCGUGUAAAAAGCACUUUUGUAGUGUGACAAAUGGCAAGAUGGCAGCCAGGAUCACCCAGAAGUUGCAUAUACAUAGAACUAAGUCAGACCCCAACAGAUAUGGAAAGGACAACGCAUUCACGCGCUCACGUAGCUCAAGUGUAACCAGCAUAGACAGAGAAUCCCGAGAGGUCAUCUCCUCCUUUUACUUCUGUGAGAGUUUCCCCAGGAAGUCCGACAGCCUGAUCAGCCCCUGUCUGUUGGUGGGGACCACCCAGGGCUCUGUGAUGAUGGCGGCUCUCAGCCCGCCGCCAGGCGCCGACCACAAGCCCCAGCAGCCAGUCAGCUUUGCCUCCUGUGGCACCCUGGUCAGCCUCAAAGGAGGCAUCCUGACCAUGGCCCUGCUGGACGCUGCUGGAACUCUGCUGCCCCCUUCCUACGAGCCGUGGUACGACCCAAACGCCUCGGACGAAGAGAAGGAGAAAGAGAAGGUCCGGAGGCGAAGGCCGGCCACCCCUCCGUCUUCACAGGAAGGCCAGGACACUCAGUUUGCUGUUCUGUGUUCAGAGAAGCAGGCCAAGGUGGUGGCCAUGCCCUCCCAUACCAGCAUCUACAAACACAACAUCACAGAGAGCUCUUUUGUGCUGCGCGCCGAUGUGGUGCAGAUGGCCGGGUCUUACUGCCUCGCCUGUUUCUGUGCCAACGGUCACAUUAUGACUCUGAGUUUGCCCAGCCUGCGACCUCUGCUGGACGUGAACUACCUGCCGCUCACAGACAUGCGGAUAGCCAGAACGUUUUGCUUCUCUAACCUGGGCCAGGCUCUCUACAUGACCUCCCCCACUGAGAUCCAGAGGAUUACCUACAGCCAGGAGACUUGUGACAACCUUCAGGAAAUGCUCAGUGAGUUAUUUACCCCCGUGGAGACGCCGGAGGCUCCAAACAGAGGCUUUUUCAAAGGCCUUUUUGGCGGAGGAGCUCAGUCUCUGGACAGGGAAGACCUCUUCGGCGAAACGGCGUCUGGUAAGGCGUCUCGCAGCCUGGCCCAGCACAUCCCAGGCCCGGGCAGCAUGGAGGGCAUGAAGGGAGCGGCCUCCGGCGUGGUGGGCGACCUCGCCCGCGCCAGGGUGGCGCUGGACGAGAGAGGGCAGAAACUGGGAGAACUGGACGAGAGGACGGCAGCCAUGAUGGCCAGCGCAGACUCCUUCUCAAAACACGCCCACAACAUGAUGGUGAAGUACAGAGAUAAAAAGUGGUACCAGCUCUGAUGACAGCGGGGCGAGCUAUGGACUCUGUUAUCAUGCACACCAGUAUCACCGGGGGAGCUGACGUUCCUUCUCUUCUGCUUUUUUCCAUGGGGGGGGGUUGCUCCACUCAACACAAUCAUGCUCGUUCUCUCAGCACAAUAUCCUCACCCUCCAUUCCUCCAGUCAACAGAGAUGAGGAGUAAACUCGUUGCAACCAAAAGCUCUCUUCCUCCGUUCCACCUGAGAGCAAUAGAUCAGUCUACAGUCCUGCAGAGAUGGAGCCCUUCACAUCCGCCAUUGAAAACGUCUCACACACACACACACACACACACACACACACACACACACACACAUACAGACAUAUGUUGCUGUUCAAAUGAAGAAGGAAGGACAAUUCUGCAGAAAUAAUGUACUCGGGCUGGCCUGGCUGCACUUUUUUGUUUUUCCUUUCUAAGCCCUUUAUGGUGUCUGCCAAACACAGUGAACCUAAACGAGGAGAAAAGUCUGAUCCUACGACACGAAUCAAGUGCGGGAAUGCGUGACGGUUCCUUCAGGAGUGAUUGUGACGGACUUCUGUUCUGAACCCUGCUUUUUCUUCCUUCUCUUCCUUUUGACCAUAAUUAUCUAUAUUUUUUUUGUUCAUCUAGAACGGGCCUUUAAGCACUUAGAUUAGUAAAACAGAAAUUGGAUGAAGAAAUUAGGAAUCUGUUGCCUCUUACCUGAACAAGGGCUGGUAGUUCAGUAGUUUGUCUCCAACCUUUUUACAGCUGCCAAGUCGCUUUUGGCGAGAAUGUUUUCUGAGUCACUUUGGUUUUUACUUAAGAUAUAGACGUAUUUUGGCAUUGUAGAUUACAAAGGACGGUCAUGUGUCGGGCAUUAAAAGGUGAAUGAGCAAAAAAAAAGUGCUAAAAAUGUUUACCCCCCGAUGAAGCGUUUACAUUGUUCUCUCUAACUAAUGGGUUGUUACACUGGAAACCUCGUGAGGGUCUUACGCUCUCUGGCUUUAAAGGGGGUGUUUUAGUCAGGUCAUGUGCUGACAGGCCAAACAAAGAUUGUCAUGGGCUUAAUAGGGAUGAACAUGUAUGUUGCUUGGACUUUUUCCAGGAUAAAAAUCAAACUUAUUUUUGAAUCCUGUUGUAGCUGAAGUAGAUUUUCGUCUUGUAUGUCGACGCACACGGAGGAAGAGGCGCUGUAACGUCUCUUACAGCACAGUGGAAGUGAUGAUGUCCGUAUCCGUAGCUGCCGGUAGACAUGACCGAGCACAGCGAAGUGCUGCACACAGUGCCACAGCUCGUCUCUUUAUGAACUGCUCUUUUACGCGCGGUCUCUCUCUUUUUUGUUUGUUUGUUUUGUUUGCCUUUGCCUCACGCUAACCUCUAGCUAUACGUGUGCUUCUGUAACUUGCAGAAGCAUUCAUCCCUCGUGAGCUGUUUCAUAUCCGUUAACACAAAGCGGUGCAUAAUUGUGAAGUGGUGAGGGAAAAUUAUACAUGUUUUUUUUCACUUUUUUUUUUUUUUUUUUCAAACAAAAAUCUGUUAAUUGUGGCAUGCGUUGAUUUCCGGCCCCCACCGGACCCACACCCAACAAUCACAGGUUUGCGCGUCUAGAGAUUGAAACUGUCGCCCGUUUAAAAUUGAUGUUUAUAUCCAUUCUGACAAUGAUGAAGUUUUAAAGGCUGCACGCCUUGGGUCAUCAUCACCCUUCGCCACAGUUUGAAGUCUUUUUUUCGGCCUCCAUCCAGCUACCAGCUCCCAUGUCUGCGGCGAAGACGGGAAUGCCCACAGCAUGACGCUCCCACUGCCAUGUUUCAAUGUUGACAUGGUGCAUUUAGGGUGACGUGCAAUGUUAGUUUUUUUGUCUCCAGCGUUCUGUGAGACGUUUAAAGCUCAGGACAUUAUUUCAUAACCCACCUCUGCUUUGACCUUCUCCACAACUGUGUCCCAGACCUGCCUGCUGAGGUCCCUGUUCACUAAUGUUCUCCUUCACAGAGCAGCUGUAUUUAAUCUGCACACAAUUGCACUCUUAUUUGCACAUUAGCUGACUUAGGUUGCGCUUUUCAUUCAGAGGCAUCAGAGGAAACGGGGGCUGAACAGACAUGCAUGCCACAGUUGUUGGAUUUUUGUUUAUUUUUUUACAAGUGAAAAAGAGUUAAAAACCACGUAUGACAAAAUCCCAACAAAAUAUGGUUAUUGAAGACGCUGAGGUUUUCGGUUUUAACAAAGUACAAAAAGACAGUUCUGAGGGUUCUGAAUACGGUGGCUAAGCGCCGUAUAGGUGCUUGUGUACAUGCGUACAUCAGAUGUUCAGAGGUUUUAUUCAUUAUGCUAGAGUGUUUUUCAAACAGGGUUAGAUCUUCUUGUUCCCUUUCUAAGCUGCAAGGAUCUGCUGCUGGCUGUGUUAAUAUAGGAGCGGCUUUUUGUUUUGCAAGGAGAAGGUAGACUCUGUCAGGCCGGAUUGCCGCCACAGCAGGACGGUUUGACACGAAUCUGACCGUGCAGGCUUAGGCAACGUGACCCACUGUACGCUAAUGUUCUUUUCUGACACCAAAGAGUUUCCCUUAUUUCCCAAAGUUUUUAUUUAUUUGUGUUUUGCCCUCCAAAAUGGUAAGAGCAUAUUUUGUCAAAGUCUACUGUGUACUUGAAGGAGAGCACAUUUGACUUUUUUUUUUUUUCUUUUCUGAGCGUUACACUUUUCACACCGUCGCAACCUGCUUUUUCUGGUCUGAAAAGACGAGCGGCGCGAGUCGGAAGAGUUUCAUUCCGAGCUGAGAUAUCCACCGGAGAAAAGCCAGCACGAUCGAGUGGUAAAGAAAACCGACUGAUGCUAGAAAGUAAAAGCUGCGAGCUCAGUCACCAAAUGUCUUCGCCCACGGUGGAUACGCAGCAGCUUUGAAUGAAACCCUUCACUUUUAGACAGCUGAUUUUGAUCUACUCCACUCUAUACUACUGAGAUAAACCCACGUGGAAGAGCAAAAUGUGUGGGUUUUGCACUAUUUUUUGUACUUUGUAAAAUUUUGUUAUGAUUUUUAAUGUGUUUCCUGUGUCCCAUUGUUCUUAGUUCUUUGAAGGACCAAAACAUCAGAUAACCUGUGCUUAUUUAUGCCACUUGCUGAUUAUGAUGAUUUCUUCAUUCUCAGAUUUGUUUUCCAUGUCAGAUUAAAGAAACUAUAAAAAUAUUUAUAUUUGAAAAGAAAAUAUAUCUAUAAAUAUAUACAAUAACAACAAUCUAUUAAAAUAAGUACCUUUAUGUAAUUUUGAGAUAGAGGAAUUGACAUUUAUGUCCAUCAAGUAGCUCUUCAUAACUCGCCGUCAUUCAGACAUGGCAGUAAACAUUCUGCUGUAUGUAUCCUAGUGCUCCUCAGAUUUUAAAGCUUUGCUACUGCGGCAGGAUCACCUCCUCCUGCUGGGCUGCUGGGUCUUACUACAAAGGUGUGGCCUGACUUUGAAGUGCUUCAGUUUGCAGCCUGUACGUCCUGAAUGGUCUCUUAUUGCACAUUGAAGGAUGCAUGAUAUUAAGUGUUUACAAACUUGAAACGACCAUGUAUUAUCCCUCUUAGAGAUCGUCUGUUCUGGCAUAUUUGUACUUAGCACCACGUUGAACAAAACCCGAAGUUCCCAUUUCACCCCCUGCUGUCAUCAAAUCAUGCCAGUCGUGUACAGGUGCGAGGUGGGUGGAUGGGGGAGGGGGGUGUUCUUUCUGGUGUAUUAAUGUCACUGUUUGCUUCAGAGAACCUCUCGGUCUCCCCCGUGCUGUAGAAACGUGUCCCGAGUCGAGCAUUGUGCAGGAGAGCUCUCGCCAUACUUCCAUCCAUCUCCUGGGAUGAACAUCUGUGGAGUUGCAGUAUUCUGUUUGGCAAUUCUUUUGUACAGUUUUAUUAAAAUCAAUUUCCCAUGGAUGUCUGACUUAAUCUGCCGCCACAAACAAUUUAGACUGUAGAUACAGUAUAUAUAGAUAUUAUUGUGCAAUGUAAAAAAAAUAAAUGUAAAACCCAGCA